CCCUGCCGCUACCCUAGACAUACCCGGCGCGCAACGUGAUGGAUCGGUGUCUGACCCGGUGACUUGGAUGAUGCAGGGAGCGCACGAAUCUGAGGCGACAACUAGGCAACGCGGAGGAACGCGCCUUGCUUGAGGUGCCACUAUGAUGGCACUCCUAAAUCCGACUUUCAUCUUCGGCGUCCUCGUCCUCCUCUACCUAUCGUCCUUCGUCUUGUUUGCCGUGCUUCGCAUAGCCACCGGUAUAUCGAUACAGCGGAUCGGCUACUUCUCGCUCCGACGCUUGGCCUACUCUCCUAAAGAUGGGAUCAAGAUCGAAAUCCGGGGCCUCGGCCUCAACCUCCACCGCCCGACCUUCUCCCAGCCGACUUGGCUCAGCCUGGUCGUCAGCGAGCUCGCCGUAACCGUUGACAUCCAGGAGCUCGAGGGACAGAAGCACCUCGACGUCGAAGGCACCGAGGGAAACAACGAAAAAAACAACAAUAAUGUGGGGGAACGGGGAUCGCAGCAUGUCAAGCUCAAGGCUUCAUCCGAGAAUCCGGGCCAGGCACGGGUUGAACCAGCCCGUGGCGCUACUUGGAAGCAACUCACAAAAAUUAAAGAACGCAUAAAGAAGCUACAUCGGAAUGUCAACUGGCUGCGCAUGGUCGAUGUUGUAGCGACUGAUUCGACGCUUCACGUCGUGGACACUGGCAAGGUCCAGUUCGGUAGUUUCACCAUGGCCCUCGACACUCGGAAUCGUAUGGUUGACCGAGCCCGUUUCUUCUUCCAGGCCGGAUCUGCUAAGAACCGACAGCAGCAGUCUGCCGAAUGGAUCGUCACCCUUCGGAGCGUUCUCUUUACCGCCAAAGGGGGCGAGGCCAUUGAGGUCUUGGACAGUGCCACGCUAAACGUCCACGGGUUCCUCUACGAUAACCUAGACGGGCUUCGGGACGCGGGCAUAGCUCUGAAGCUGGGUAGAGUGCAUGUCCCCUACGACGACAUACGGAGCUGUCUCGACCUCUACCGGAAAUCUAAGCGUCGAUCUCCCACUGCCUACACGCAGGCCGAAUCAAUCGAAGUACUGGUUGACAAGGUCAUCCAAGAAGUCGACCAGCCCGGAAGCACCGAUCAGGAAUUGAUGCAAACUGUGUCUGAUUCUAAGAACUUCGCGAGCUCUAUUCUCCGAGGCAUCAAGGAGGUCCAGUUCGCGGCUAGCUUCGUCAGUCUCACAAAAAGGUUAGAUAUCGUGAAGUCAGCUGGCUCGCCUUUGCUCUUGAACGCUUCGAUGAAGGAGGUCGGCAUCGAUCUGCAUCGCCUAGACCCCAAGUCACCGGCACACCGCAUGUAUUUCCCGUCAAAGGAUAUCGCUCAUGAGGCUCUGGCGGCGGCGUUGUCAAUCUCCGUUGGUCUCGAUGACGGCCAUGGGAAGCCAGAGAGAGUGGUGUACAUUCCGAUGGCCACCACUACCGUAAAAACUACUCUGCCCUCGAAGACUGUCGAGCUUUCUGAAGUCGGGAGCGCCGAGGAAAGAAAUGCCAACAUCCUUUUCGCAAACUCCGUCGUCACGUCGCCUUCCGUUGAUCUAGACCCGAAGCAUCUUCCCGUACUCAUUGCCCUCCUCCAGCCUCGACCGAAGGCCCCGAGAGCGCGUGUGCAGCAGAGGCAUAUGCUCAUCUCUCGCCUGCUGCCGAAAGCUAACAUCAAAUUCUCCAUGCACGAGCCGGUUCUGAGGAUAGCCCUGCCGCCAGUCCAGAAGACGCAGGACCCGGAUGAUUUCGACUUGAUCAUCUCUUCCAUCUCCUCCAUAUCACUCGACCUCGAAUCUCUCCACUCCGUGAUGGAAGACCUGCACUACUCUUUAGUGUCGUCGAUGCGAAUACAAACCCAUCAGCUUUAUUACCAGACUACUCAAGGCAGCCGAUUUGACUUGAUCGAGACCGACUCGUUUGACCUCAAGGUCCAGCUCUCGGCCACGCCCGAUGUCCAUGUCGUCGCGAAUGGGUACCUCCAAACCCUUGCGAUUCGCAUGACGCGGCCAGAGAUAACGGAGGGCCUGCGCCAAAUAGUCCGCCAGCUUAAGCUGGACGUCGAGCCCGACAAGCGGGUAGGGCCGAAGACGCAAAGGUCGAAAAACGUCAUCCGCGCUUUUCCGCAGUGGCUAUUUCAUUUCUCGGUGCAGGUUGAAGAUUUCAGCGCCGAAAUAACGGGAGUCGACGACGACUUCCCAGGGAGUCCACGCGGCGUCGUGCUUCAGAUGGAGUCGUGGUCGACGGAAUAUCGUGCUCAUAGGUUGGAUACCUUACGCCAGAGACCGCCCUCGAGGAGAAGGGCAGUCAGCCGGUCUUUUAUCCCCGAUCCAGAAUUCUUAAGUGCCAUUUCCACACCUCUCUCUCCGCGCAAGAAACAGCAGUACGAUGGGGAUGGGCGAAGGCUUACGGUCCAUAUACGUGGCCUCGAGGCAUUCAUAGCCGAAGCCCCGGAGAAAUGGGAAGUUGACCCCUUCUUCCAAAUACCUCGUUUCGAGGUAGCGCUCUCCACGCACAGCGACGCUCAGGGCCCGAUACUGCACCUUCAUUCCCAUAUGAAGACGCUUCUUGCCAAGUAUUCGCUCUUCAGACACUACUCCGUAGGCGUCGCCAUCAUGGUUCUGCGAAAUGCGUUCACGAGCGGGUCGACAUCCCAGCGUCCGGCGCCAGCAAGCCCGAGGGCAGGGCAUCUGAGCCCUCCACUCGUAUCACCUGACUCGCCCGCCGCCGGCCAGACAGAUGGCUUCGGCCGACAGCCUAAAGAGCUUGUUACUUUCGAGGUAAAGAUUUCUCUGAUCCAGCUUAAGGCGGAUAUGCCUUCCGGCCCCCCCUUAAUGCUGCAGGUCUACGGCAUAGAGGCUGGCCGGCAUAGAUGGGCACCCCCAUUCGUCUUCUCCAAACUAGUGCGCUUAUAUGCUGGCGCACCUCGAAUGAGAGGAGUCUGGGCGCGCGUCGUAAGCAUCAUGUCGAUUCGUCUAGAUUAUCGCGAAUCCCGUCGAAAGCUAUCUGCCGGUGGCUUCCACAAUGAGAAGAUGUUCGAUGUAGUGACGGAUGCCGUGCGAUUAGCUGUGCCUCAUGAGCUUAUCAUCCACGAAAUAUCCGACAGUCUUGUCAACGUGUUCAAGGCGACCCAGCAGCUUCAUCAUCGCUUUAAGACUGGCACAAACGAAUAUAUCUUGGACAAGGGGCCGGAAGGCCCGAAGAAUGUGCCCAAGGUGUCUCUAAAGGCUCGCACUUUCUUAUUCGAACUCGAAGAUGGUGCUUUUGAGUGGAAGCUGGGUAUGAUUUACAGAGCUGGGCGUGUUGAGCAGCUACAGCGACUUGCGCGUGAGGAUGCUUUCCGUGUCAAGGCGAAGAAGAUCCACGAAGAGGGUAUGAGGAAAGGAUCCCGGAAACGCAACCGGUCAGCGAGGGCGAGAGGGAGAACCGCACAUUCGAACGCUUCCUGGGCACGAAGUAGGAGCGAGGACGACCUCGGCAAAGAAGAUCACGAUGAGCGUCCCCACGCUGAGCUGGGCAGGGGAAGAAACCCGCGGUACGAUCCGGAGACGGUUUGCGGUAUGAGCGGCAACGCCCACGUGUCGAUUCAGGAGGCUCGUGUCAAACUUCACGAGCAUAACGCCCAGAGCUGGAAGAAGCGCAUCGACCGUGAUUAUUUAACGGCAAAAUCUCAGAUGAAGGAGAUGCGUGGCUCGUUCUGGGGCCCGGAUCACAUUCCCGACGAUAUCGAAGACAACGAGAAGAUCCUAGAAGUACCGCAGCGGCCAGCACUGAUGGGCACGAUCAUAACGGAUCUGCACGUCGUGAUCGACAAGCCAUCGUUCUCGAUCCAGAAGCUGCCAGAUUUCCUCCACGAAGUCGGAAAAGGGAUGCCAAGAGACAUGGAGUAUUCUCUCCUUAUCCCUAUGAACGUCCAAGUUCAUAUGGGCGAGGCGAGAGUUAGUCUGCGAGAUUAUCCUCUACCUCUGUUCCACGUUCCGGGGAUCAAAGUUGGCCAAUCGUCUAAGCUCGCCGCCUUGUCACUCAAGACGGAUUUUGUCAUCGCCGAAGAAUACCACGGCAAUGAAUCUACUCGCAGUAUCAGAGUACAGAUCACUCCGCCUAGUAAUCCAGAACCAGGCGUGUCGAGCGGGAGGGGAUUCGCUAUCGACGUUCGCCGCACGAUAGGACCAGUGAAAUCGUACUCGGAUAUGCACGUCGACAUCAAUACCGCGCAUCCUACAAGAAUUACCUGGGGCCCGUCGUAUCAACCGGUUAUUCAAGACAUGAUGAUGGCUAUUGAAUCAUUCACCAAGCCGCAGUUGGAUCCGUCGGAACGCGUAGGGUUCUGGGAUAAGAUAAGGCUCAACUUCCACUCUCGGGUACGGAUUGCAUGGAGGGGAGGUGGCGAUGUCCAUCUUGCUCUGAAGGGCACAAGAGAUCCCUAUAAUGUUACCGGCAACGGCGCCGGGUUUUUAAUGUGUUGGCGAAAUAACGUGAGAUGGGACGUUCACGCUGACGACGACCCGAAGAGAUUCAUGACUGUUGAGAGCGGCGACUACGUCCUCGCAAUACCCGACUAUAGUCAUCAAGUUAGGGAAGCAUCGCGUCGUAUCGGAGAGGACGAAAGCAUGGUGAGCGAAUCAAGUCUCAAAUCCAGCGCUGCAUUCAAGAAGGUAGUCAUGAAGCUGUCCGGUAACGUACAGUGGAUGGCCGGACUUGUCUUCGAACAGGCCAUCGAAGACGGGAGACGCAGCUUCCAGUUCGCGCCGCAUUACAACGUUGUUCUGAAGGCGCCGCAGCAUGCGAAAUCGCAGGACGGCGAUCUGCCGUACGAUGCCUUCAGGGGCUUCCGGAGCGAAUACAUCCACCUUUCAAUCGCAGUCAGGGCCCCCGCCGGCCGCGAUUGGGCAUCGCCGGACGUGCAACCUUCGAAGAGCUACAACACGGUGCAUUUAACCCCCAGAUUCUUCACUCACUUCUUCGCCUGGUGGUCUUUAUUUAGCGGCCCGAUGUCACUGCCUGUUCGUCAAGGCUCACUCUGGCCCUUGAGAGAAAAGAGCAGCAAGAAGUUUGGGAGGCAUCUGGGUACGAUCAAGUAUAACCUCCUCUUGGCCCCGUUGUUCCUGAGCCAUAUAUACAAGCAUAAAGAUGUCGACAAAUAUUCCGAGAGCUCCGUCUCGGCUACUGGUAUCAAAGUCAGGUUCGACAGCUUUAUGCUCGAUAUCCACCAACGCCGGGAGGAAUUCAAUACUCGAGACCGGGGUCACAAGACAAACGGUAGAACGACUGGUAUUAAAAUGCACGCUGCUCAGCUCGACCUGGUAUCCGCAGAUGUUCGUGCUGUCUCUGCUAGUGUCGGAGGUACGGCCGCCGCGGCGGUUAAGAAGGGUUCAGUUUCGACUCUGUUAUCGCAACAAGAUGACGACGUCCCAGACUACUCGAAUUUCACCAUCCCUGACAACGAUUUUAGUUGGAUCGAUAUGGACGACUUUGUCGAACUUGACUGGAUUCUGCCGUCCAAACCAAACCCAGAUACGCAAAUUCUGCCUUUGGUAUACUCGCCUCACAUUACUUAUUUCAGACAAACCGAUAUUGGCGGCAUCAUUGAUGGGGACCCGGACCGUACGAGCCCUUUCGGGGACGAACCCACGCAUCUCUGCACAAUGAGCCAAGAUGACGAUCCUCGGAGGGUUCAGUCGCAGCUCAUCCAGACUCGUUUAGAACAGUUGCGAACUCAGAUCGCGGUCAACUCACGCAACGCUGGCGAAGCCGAGUUGCGCUCUCUCCAAAACGACUCCGACUCCGACUUCAGAGUUGACUUUGAAAGACUCAGCAGGCAUGUCGCCGUCCUGAAAGACAAGAGGUCAUUUAUGGAGAGCAUGCUAGAAGAAGUUACUAUCAAGGCACUUGCCAACGGCCUGGGGAUAUCAACAAAGGACUCCGAGCCUCAAAGCCUGGGACUGAACGAGCCGGCCGACAAGGGAGGGGAAGUCAACGGACAGCCAGGGGCGGAAUUUGCGAGCGACUUUAAGAACAGGUUCGUGAUUCACAAUAUGCAGCUAAAAUGGAACAACCUCCUGCGAAACAUCAUUCUCCGGUACAGUCAUCAGGUCAGCCAGCGGCGCGGCUUUGUUUACUAUCUGUCUCGGCCUGCCGUCAAAUUCAUCUUGGACAUCGUCGAGGAGCAGGCUAGGGCUAAGCAGAACGGCAAAUCCGCAAACGCACCCUCCAGCGACGCUCCCCCAGCCUCCGACGGCGGCGGGCAGUCUAGUGACGUCGAUGAAGAUAUCGAAUACCGCAUCAAGCAGAUUCUCCGAGACGGCAGGAAAUAUGUCGACGCGGACGGAUACUCUUCGUCCGAAGGCCCUAGCAACACAAACAUGGAAGACCUCACGAGCAGUAUUGCAGACGAGUUCGCGCCUCAGAAUUCCUACCACGUCCGUUUAAUCGCACCGCAAAUCCAACUCCAAAGCGAAAAGAAUAAAAAGCAUGUGGUCUUGAUCACCGCCAAAGGAAUGGAUCUUAAGGUGGUUGAGGUUAUGGAGAAGGCUAGACUGUCCGACCAGGUCAGCGGUUUAGUCCAACGGCGUUUCCUCCUCAGAAUGGACAGCGCUCAGUUCUUCGUUACGCACCAGAAGUGGUUCUCGGGUCAGUUAUUAUCUAUGUAUUCCGGAAACACGUACGGGACGCCUUCCGGUUCGUCCUGGCCGCCCUGGGUGCCCAUGGAAGUCAUGUACGAUUUCAAAACGGAUCCUUUCGGCUUCAAGCGAGUUGUGCAGAAGACAUCAGCCAUGCUGAGAUACGACAAGUUCAACACUCUCCGACUGAAGUACAAUGACGAAGUCAACACCGAGGGCAACAAUCCGACAGCAGAGAGCACCGAGACCAGGAUGGACAACCUGUGGGUGGAAUUCCCCCAGGCUCGAGCUCUAUGCAACUCGUCUCAGUAUUACGCCGUGUACGUCAUCGUGCUUGAUCUUCUCAUGUACAGCGAACCGCUAGAGAAGACCAGGAGCGAGAGAUUGGAGAAGAUCAUGCUGGCGUCAGACUUUAGCGAUCUGCGAGGAACCCCCGAAAUGGUCACCCGACUGCAAGAACGCAUUAGGCAGCUGGAGGAUAUCAAGACUCAUUUCCAGGUUCACUCGAAGUACCUAGACAGGAAGGGGUGGGAAGACAGGCUGCUCCUGGAGCGUGAUCUCUCAGCCUGCGAAGAUGAGUUGUUCUUCAUGAUGAAGGCUAUCACCACUUCGCAGAGAAAGUACGACAAUGCGUCGCAGAGCAAUGCCUUAUUAAGAUGGACCAUCUCGGCAAAGGAAAUUGUCUGGCAUCUUAUUCGAGAUAACAAUGAGCCAUUGGUCGAACUACAGCUGGGCGAUGUCGAGUACGACCGUACCGACAACUCAGACGGCUCUCAUAUCAACUUGAUGCAGGUUGGCAAAGUGCUGGGCCUGAACCUCAUGCCAGAUGCGAUCUACCCGGAGAUGGUCGCGCCCUUCUUCGAAGACGGGAAGGCCACUACCGCCAGCCCAGAUGAGAAGCACAUGGUCCGUGUUUACUGGCACAUGCUGGAAGCCAUCGCGGGGAUACCCGUGAUGGACCACUUCGAAGUGAAUCUAUUUCCCAUGAGGAUUCAGCUGGAACACGAAGUAGGGAGGAAGCUUUUCGAGUACAUCUUCCCUGGUAUGGAUGGAGAUGGGCCAGUUGAACAGAGCGACACGCCCUUCAUCAUAAAGUCGAUGUUCCCGGGCGAAGCGGAGGACGACGAAAUUGCGGACGAUGCCAUGUCCGGCUCCAGCAGGGUCGGUACUGCGGUCUCGGACAAGGACUCUACCUUUUCGGCCAGGGCGGGCUCCUUGGAGCUUCGUCUUCAGCCCACACUGGCUCUCGAUUCACGUGCGCCCGAAGAUCAGAAGUCCAAGGCCGUCAGUAUCAACUCGGGCGACGGUAGUAGUAGCAACGUACUCCGGUUCUUCGGCUCCAAGACGAUCAGCAAGAAGCCGUCCUACGAGUCCUUGCAUGCUACCGGCCCCUCACGACAGGGGAUCGGGCGAACCCCGACUGCCACCUCGUUUGCUACCAACGAAACCAAGAAAGCUGGACGGUUCGGCCUUACCUGGAAACCCGCUAACUCGCAAGACAAGCCUUCGGACGACUUGACAAAGAUGAUUACGCGUGCCUCCAAUUACAUGACCUUUGCGUAUAUCAAAAUGCCUUCGGUGGUCCUCUGCCUCAGCUACAAGGGCAAAGGCGAUCGGAACCUCGAGGAUGUACACGACUUUGUCUUCCGUCUGCCUACGAUUGAAUACCGGAACAAAACCUGGUCCAAUCUUGACCUAGCCCUAGAACUCAAGUCUCGCGUGAUCAAGGCGCUGAUCUCUCACACCGGCGCCAUCAUCAGCAACAAGCUUAACAAACACCGGCCCAACAUAGCCCAGCAGAGCAAGCAACGCGAACUAGCAACCAGCAACGUCCUCCUGGCGACGCCAAAUGUAUCCAACAGCGGCGACAACAGCGAUGAUUCGGCGAGCAUAUUUGGAACGAGCCCAGUGGACUACUCACGAUCGCCGCCCAGGAGCGUAAGGGGCGUGCAACCGAAUAUCUCCGUGCCGCAACGGUCCAACAGCCGAAGCUCUAGCAUCGCCUCGUCGCGCUCGUAUAGCCGCUCGUUCCGCGACGGCGUCGAAGGCAACAAUAGCAUCAUGAACAACAAUAACAACCGAAGCACGCCCCCCCUGCCCUCGUUUGUCAAGAUGACGCCGGCCACGCCCGUGGACCGGUCGCCCACCGGCUUCGGAGCCGACAUACCGCGGCCGAAGACGAGCAGCGGGAUCAACGCGCUGAGCCCGUUCCGGGCGGCGACGACCAUCGGCAGCCCGCGGGUCGACGCCAGCGGCCGGCGCAAGUCGACGUCGACGGGCUCGGGCGGCUUCUUCAAGGGCAAGCUGAACGCGCUGACGAGCCGGCUCAUGGACCGCGAGAGCGGCGACGCCAAGAGCGUCAGCGACUUCAGGGCGGGCGCCCGCGACGACGAGCGCGACGACGGCCGCGACGAGGACAGGUGGAUAGGCUAGCGGGUCGGGGACGCGGACGGGAACGGUCGGCCGCGGCAUGCCGCGGGCUCCUAGUUCGCCAAUUGCCCGUCGCGCCACGAGAACUACUAACUCAGCGCCUGCACGGCCCAAAGAGGGGAGCCAGCACACUGAUCUAGGGAACGGAGCGGGCUUUCACGCACACACAGCAGGCCCCGAGCGCGCCAGGUAGCCAGGGCCAGAGUCCAACG